AUGGAGAGGAAUUAUAGUAAAAGGUGUGUGAUUGUGCAGAUAGGGAACCUUAAGAAAGGGCUGAAUCCACUGUCCAUGUCUGAUCUCUUCUUUACUUCGCCUUACAUGUCGACAGCUCUCAAAACUGGCCUCAUUACUGGGAUCAUAGCUCUCGCUGAAGGAGUAGCUGUGGGAAGAAGCUUUGCGAUGUUCAAGAACUACAGCAUAGAUGGAAACAAAGAAAUGAUAGCGUUUGGAAUGAUGAACAUCGUUGGUUCCCUCACAUCUUGUUACCUCACAACUGGACAGUUUUCGAGAUCGGCGGUGAACUUCAACGCGGGUUGCAAGACCAUCGUGUCGAAUAUAGUGAUGGCAAUUGCGGUUAUGUUCAUACUGCUCUUCCUCACGCCUCUUUUCUACUACACACCACUCGUCGUCCUCUCCUCCAUCAUCAUGGUUGCAAUGCUAGGACUCAUUGACUACCAAGCUGCAAUUCAUCUCUGGAAAGUCGACAAAUUUGAUUUCCUCGUCUGCAUGAGCGCCUACUUUGGGGUAGUAUUCGGUAGUGUAGAGAUCGGACUUGUUAUCGCAGUAAGUAUAUACUUUAUUGCGGAAAUUACGUGGCUAUCAAUAGCAAGGUUGUUGCUAUUCGUGUCAAGGCCGAGGACUGCGGUGAAGGGAAACAUACCAAACAGCAUGAUUUAUAGGAACAAUGAGCAGUAUCCUUACUCAAGAACCGUUCCUGGUCUUCUCAUCUUAGAGAUUGAUGCUCCCAUCUACUUUGUCAACGCUGGUUACUUGCGUGAGAGAAUCACAAGGUGGGUCGAUGAAGAGGAAGAGAGGGUCAAAACAUCAGGAGAAAACAGUUUACAAUAUGUUAUACUCGAUAUGUCGGGAUAUGGAUCUUAUCUUGCGGUGAAGAAGAGCUCAGCACGAACAACCAUGUCACGCCUCUGCAACACAGCGCUCGCCGGAGAAUCACCGGAGAAGACGAUCACCCUCGUUACUCUCUCUGCUCUGAUCAACCUUCAAGAUCAGUACGUUAUGUUACUUCCGUUACAACUAAACUACGACGUCUUUAUAACAUAA